AUGGAUAUCUCAAAACCCGUUGGAUCCGAAAUCACUUCGAUCGAUUUCAACGUCCUUACGACUCGGGAUAUCCGCGAUUUGUCCGUGAAACAAAUCACCAACCCAACGGUUUUGGACAACCUGGGACAUCCGAUCUCCGGUGGUUUGUAUGACUUGGCUCUAGGUGCAUUUUUGCGAAAUCUUUGUUCGACAUGUGGUCUAGAUGAGAAAUUUUGUCCUGGCCAUCAGGGCCACAUAGAAUUGCCAGUGCCUUGUUACAAUCCACUGUUUUUCAAUCAAUUGUAUAUUUACCUGAGAUCGUGCUGUUUGUUCUGCCAUCAUUUUAGGUUGAAAAGCGUAGAAGUACACCGCUAUGCUUGCAAAUUGAAGCUUUUGCAGUACGGUCUUAUCGAUGAAUCGUACCGGUUAGAUCAAAUUUCCAUUGCUGGAAUGCAGUAUCUUCUCGAUGAUGAUGAGCAGGAAGAUCAGGAAGCGGUAGAGGACAACGCAAUGGAUGCCGGCACUAACUCCUCGAAAACUAAAGGAACAAAAGAUAUUUCCGCUGCUUUGAAGGCGGAGAUCAUGACUAAGCGUAACCAAUUCGUCGACGAAAAGAUUGGCUUGGCUCUAAGCGAAGGAAGAACUUCUGAGAGAGGUACUUUCACCGCUACGACCAACGAUGAGAGGAAAAGACUGAUUCAUGAUUUCCAUAAGAGGGUUCUAAGUAGGGCUAAAUGUGACAACUGUGGAAUGUUUUCACCAAAGUUCCGGAAGGAUGGAUUUACCAAGAUCUUUGAGACGGCACUAACGGAUAAGCAAUUGACAAACAACCGUGUGAAAGGUAUGAUUCGCCAGGACAUGAUCAAGAAGCAACAGCAGUCGAAGAGAUUAGGUGGCUCUGAAGAGGAAAAUAACUCUGUUGAGGAGGACUUUAGCGUGGAGAGGAAUCCCUCGGCCAGACCAAAGACUGGCUCUACAUACAUUCUAUCUACUGAGGUCAGAAACAUACUGAGGGCUUUGUUCAAGAAGGAACAACAAGUUCUUCAGUAUAUUUUCCAUUCAAGACCCAACUUGAGCAGGAAGGUGAUAAAAGCAGACAACUUCUUCAUGGAAGUUGUGCUGGUUCCGCCUACAAGAUUCCGUCUUCCAUCGAAGCUGGGCGAAGAAGUGCACGAAAACACCCAGAAUCAGCUACUAUCGAAGAUAUUGACCACCUCAUUGCUCAUCAGAGAUUUGAACGAUGAAAUGUCCGAGAUUCAAAAAGAUAAAGUAUCUGCAGACGACAGGAGAGUAAUCUUCAGCAGAUUAAUGAACGCUUUUGUCACCAUUCAGAACGACGUUAAUGCCUUCAUCGAUUCGACAAAGGCCCAAGGUAAUUCUAGCUCCAAGGUUGCCAUUCCUGGUGUCAAGCAAGCUUUGGAGAAAAAAGAAGGUCUUUUCAGAAAACAUAUGAUGGGUAAACGUGUCAACUAUGCUGCUCGUUCAGUUAUUUCACCAGAUCCCAAUAUUGAAACUAAUGAAAUUGGUGUUCCCCCCGUUUUUGCGACGAAAUUAACUUAUCCUGAACCGGUUACAGCUUACAACAUCGCCGAACUUCGUCAAGCGGUUAUCAACGGUCCAGACAAGUGGCCGGGUGCUACGCAGAUUCAAAAUGAAGACGGCACUCUCGUUUCUCUGGUUGGUAUGACCCUGGAACAGCGUAAAGCCUUGGCAAACCAACUAUUGACCCCAUCUUCUAAUAUCCUGACUCAUCCAUUGAACAAGAAAGUGUACCGUCACAUCAAAGAUAGAGAUAUUGUUCUGAUGAAUCGCCAACCUACUCUGCAUAAAGCCUCUAUGAUGGGUCAUAAAGUUAGAGUUCUGCCAGGUGAGAAAACUUUGAGACUGCAUUAUGCCAACACUGGUGCUUAUAACGCCGAUUUUGAUGGUGAUGAAAUGAAUAUGCAUUUCCCACAAAAUGAAAAUGCUAGAGCUGAAGCGUUCAAUUUGGCCAAUACUGACUCGCAGUACCUGACUCCAACUUCGGGCUCUCCUGUUAGAGGUUUAAUUCAAGAUCACAUCUCUGCUGGUGUUUGGCUAACUAGCAAGGACAGUUUUUUCACAAGAGAGCAAUACCAACAAUACAUAUACGGUUGUAUUCGUCCAGAGGAUGGCCAUGCUACAAGGCCAAGAGUUGUUACAUUGCCUCCUGCUAUUAUGAAACCCGUGCCGCUAUGGACUGGUAAGCAGAUUAUUUCAACAGUUCUACUGAAUGUCACUCCGCCUGAUAUGCCAGGUAUUAACUUGAGAUCAAAGAACAAGAUCAAGAAUGAAUACUGGGGCAAAGACUCAACAGAGAAUGACGUAAUCUUUAAAAACGGUAAUUUGGUUUGUGGUAUACUUGAUAAAUCUCAGUAUGGUGCUUCCAAGUACGGUAUUGUGCACUCGCUUCAUGAGGUUUAUGGGCCAGAAGUUGCAGCUAAAGUUCUUUCAGUUCUUGGAAGACUCUUCACCAACUACAUCACAGCUACAGCUUUCACUUGUGGUAUGGAUGAUUUGCGUCUGACCGCGGAAGGUAACAAAGCAAGAACUGAAAUAUUGAAGACCUCCAUUGAUGUAGGUCGUCAAGCAGCCGCAGAAGUCACUAACUUGGAUAAAGAUACGGCUCCGGAUGAUACAGAGUUAUUGAAACGUUUGGAAGAGAUUUUGCGUGACGAAAACAAAUCAGGUAUUCUGGAUGCCGUUACUUCCUCUAAAGUGAAUGCCGUCACUUCCAAAGUUGUUUCGACAUGUGUUCCCGAUGGUACAAUGAAAAAAUUCCCUUAUAACUCCAUGCAAGCUAUGGCUUUAUCCGGUGCUAAGGGUUCCAAUGUCAAUGUUUCUCAAAUUAUGUGUCUGCUUGGCCAACAAGCUUUGGAAGGUAGAAGAGUGCCCGUGAUGGUCAGUGGUAAGACUUUACCCUCUUUCAAGCCAUUCGAAACAGAUGCCAUGGCUGGUGGUUACAUUAAAGGUCGUUUCUUCUCAGGUAUUAAGCCUCAAGAGUACUACUUUCAUUGCAUGGCAGGCCGUGAAGGUUUGAUCGAUACAGCAGUCAAGACCUCUAGAUCUGGUUAUUUACAGCGUUGUUUGACCAAACAAUUGGAAGGUGUCCAUAUAUCGUACGAUAAUAGCGUUAGGGAUGGUGAUGGAACUUUGAUCCAAAUGCUGUAUGGUGGUGAUGCUAUAGACGUUACGAAAGAGUCCCAUAUGACUCAAUUCGAUUUUUGCUUGGACAACUAUGAUGCUCUUCUCAAGAAAUACAAUCCUUCUGCCUUAGUCGAACAUCUGGACGUAGAUAACGCUCUGAAGUACUCCAAAAAGGCUGUUAAGCACAGAAAGAAGCACGCCAAAGAACCUCAUUAUAAGCAGAAAGUCAAAUAUGACCCUGUUUUGGCCAAAUACAAUCCCGCUAAGUACUUGGGUUCUGUUUCUGAGAAAUUCCAGGAUAAACUAGAAGCAUAUUUGGAUUCCAACGCUAAGGCAUUAAAAUCUCAUGGAAACGUGAAUGAGAAGAAAUUCAGAGCUUUAAUGCAGCUCAAAUAUAUGCGUUCCUUGAUUAAUCCCGGUGAAGCGGUCGGUAUCAUAGCCUCGCAAUCAGUCGGUGAACCAUCAACUCAAAUGACCUUGAACACUUUCCAUUUCGCUGGUCAUGGUGCUGCUAAUGUGACUUUGGGUAUUCCUCGUAUGAGAGAGAUUAUCAUGACGGCAUCUGCUGCAAUAAAGACCCCACAAAUGACGCUACCCAUCUGGAAUGAUGUUUCGGAUGAACAAGCUGACACCUUCUGUAAAUCGAUUUCGAAGGUUCUGCUGUCAGAAGUGGUAGAUAAGGUUACAGUUGUGGAAACAACCGGCUCGACAAAUGGUAGUGUUGCGUCUCGUUCGUAUGCGAUCAAAAUGAUGUUCUUCAAUCAGGAAGAAUACAACGAGCAAUACGAUAUUUCGAGCGAAGAAUUGCAGAAUGUAAUAUCCAAUAAGUUCCUAUCGUUACUUGAAGCUGCAAUCCUGAAAGAGAUCAAAAAACAAAAGAAAACGACCCUUCCUGAAGUCGGCAUUGCUGUCGCAAAAGAGUCUGCUAUGGCAGCUUUAGAUGGUUCAAUGGAGAAGCCAACUCAAGACAACGAUGAAGAAGAUGCUCGGAAGAAGGGCAAACAAGCGGUUUCCUAUGAGGAGCCAGAUGAGGAAGAGUUAGAGACGAUGAGACAAGCAGAAAAGUCCUCGGAUGAAGAAGAUCUGGAUUCUGAUAAGGAGAGCAAGGACUCAGAUUCUGAAGAUGAAUCUGAUGUGGAUAUGGAAAGGGCAAUCGAGUCGGCUGAGGAAGCUGCUGAAGAUAUGAGCAAGACUCAACGCGAUCGUCAGCAUGCCAUCAUUUCGAAACAAAGAUUUGUCACAAAAUAUAACUUUGAUGACAAAAACGGUAAGUGGUGUGAAUUCAGACUAGAGUUAGCAGCUGAUACCGAAAAGCUACUGAUGGUAAAUAUCGUAGAAGAUAUCUGCAGGAGGUCUGUCAUCAGAGAAGUUCCUUGCAUUGAUCGUUGUGUGCAUUCAGAGUCAGUGAAGGGUAGAAGAACCCUGGUUACCGAAGGUGUUAACUUUCAGGCUAUGUGGGACCAAGAGGCCUUUAUUGACGUUGAUGCCAUAACGUCUAACGACGUUGCAGCAGUAUUAAGGACGUACGGUGUAGAAGCUGCCAGAAACACUAUUGUGAAUGAGAUUAACAACGUCUUCUCCCGUUACGCAAUUUCAGUUUCGUUCCGCCAUUUGGAUCUUAUCGCAGACAUGAUGACUAGGCAAGGUACAUAUCUUGCUUUCAACAGACAAGGAAUGGAGACGUCGACAUCGUCUUUGAUGAAGAUGUCUUACGAAACGACUUGUCAGUUCCUAACCAAAGCCGUGCUCGACAAUGAGCGCGAGCAGUUGGAAAGUCCUUCAGCUAGAAUCGUCCUAGGAAAGCUAAGCAAUGUUGGUACGGGGUCUUUCGAUGUAUUAACAAGAGUCCCAAAUAACGGUCGCUGA